AUGGUCCUUGAUGUACACGACUCCCGGGAGGUUCACUCCGAGAAGCGUACCUGUGCUGUCGUCGAGGCAGACGAAACAGCAAUUCUGGCACAGUAUGGUGCCGAGAGACGGGCGAAUGGACUCAUCAACUGGCAACGAGACUGCAAGGCACAUCCGAGAAACUGGUCGACGAGGAGGAAGAUAUUUGACACUACCGUCAUCGUCUUGUUUGAACUUUACACAACCAUCAUAAGCACAACAGGUGCUGUCGCCGCCACGGAAGCUGCCCCCGACUAUGGGCUUAGUCGGCAAGCAUCCUUGGUCGGGUUCACGCUCAUGUACCAGCUCGGCCAAGCGGUAGGGGGGUUCUUGAUCCCCCCCUUUUCCGAGCUCUUCGGCCGUCGCCUUCCGUAUCUCGUCUCCUGCGUCGCCUUCUGCGUCUCCAGCCUCCUCACCGGCGUCGUACACUCCCCGGUAGCAGUUUACGUCGGCCGCUUCGUCGCAGGUCUCGCCUCAGCCGUGCCGUCCGUGGUCAUCGCCGGCAGCGUGGAGGACAUGUUCAACACGAAACGGCGGGUAUGGAUCAUUGUACUCUGGAACGCGGGGACCACGGUCGGCUUGUGCUUCGGACCAAUCUACGCCGCCUACAUCUCCGAGGCCGCAGGGUGGCGGUGGAUCUUCUAUAGCGCGACAAUCGUCACAGCGGUUCUGUUCAUCGCCCUCUGCGGGAUCAGGGAAAGCAGACCGAGUAUUUUGCUGGGCGGGAUCAUCCGGCAGAUCAAGAGGGAGACGAAGAUACAGGAGCUGGCGUGGCAUAACCCCGACGAGGCGCGAAAUUGGCGUGCCUUGGUCCGGAUAAGUGUCGUCAGGCCUGGCAAGAUCUUGCUUACAGAACCGCUGGUCAUCAUGGUCGCGCUCAUCUCGGCUUCGUCAUGGGGUAUGAUCUACCUAUUCACCGAGUCGCUCACCGUAGUCUACCUCUCUCUCGGGUUUACCAAGACCCAAGCUUCACUGCCUUUCCUGGCCGUUGCCGUCGGCGUGCUCUUCACAUCUCUCCCCCGUUUGUGGGAUAUGAAGAUCGUCCGGGACCGCCAACGUAUGAAAGUGCCUGUCCAACCAGAAGACAAAAUCAUCGGGUUCGCCUUCGCCGCGCCGGCCCAAGCCAUCGGCCUCGCUUGGUUCGCCUGGACUAUCCCGCCAGCGGUGGGCGGCGUGCACUGGAUGGUUCCGACGGCCUCCCUCGUGCUCGUGGGCUUCGCGGUCAACGAGACGGCGCACACGCUCAGCGGAUACCUCGCCGACUCGUACCUGCUCUACUCGGCAUCGGCGUUUUCGGGGCUGGCGCUCAUACGGGCCGUCGCGUCAGGGCUCAUGCCGCUCGUUGCGCACAAGAUGUACGCCGGGCUGAACGCCAACGUUGCAGGCUCAGUGCUCGCGGGUUUGGCGGCGGCGUUUUGCGUCACCCCGUGGCUGUUCUUCCGGUUCAGCAUGCGAUUGAGGCAGAGGAGCCCGUUUGCGAGAUAUAGUCUGGAGACGCACCACCAGACGAAUAUAGAGGAGAACUAG